AUGACUACAGACCCACACUUAUCACCCCGGACACAUAAUCCCGACACACAAACAUCUUUCCAACUUCACGACCCCCCCCUCCGCGCUUCACCGACCAAUUCCGCAGUUUCUCCGUUUCCCGCCUUUUUCUGCUCACUUGUUGUUGUUUUUCUCUUCCUUUUUUCUUUUCUAUAUAAACGUUGUCAAAAUCACAAAUGUAACAAAGUUUUAGUUUUACCAAAACGAAUUCAGAAUUCCGUAUUUUUAUUUCUUUCCAUAAGCAUUUUUUUGUUUGAAAACUUUUUAAGUUUUUUUUUUCUCUUCUUCUUCUACUGUUAUUUUCACUUUCUUUUUUCUUCGUCUACUUUCUUUGUUGUCUUUUCGUUCACCAUCUUCUUUCCCUCUUUUUUCUUUUUCUUCCUAGCCACUUUUCUUCCUCUUUUUAGCUUUGUGUUUUUUUUGUCUUCCUUUAUUUUACUUUGUCUUCUUUCUCUUCCUCGCCCUUUUUCUUUCUUCUUUUCCUCUUUUCUUCUUUUCCUUCUUCCUCUUUUCUUCUUUUCCUUCUUCCUCUUUUCUUCUUUUCCUUCUUCCUCUUUUCUUCUUUUCCUUCUUCCUCUUUUCUUCUUUUCCUUCUUCCUCUUUUCUUCUUUUCCUUCUUCCUCUUUUAUUUUCUUCUUUUCCUUCUUCCUCUUUUAUUUUCUUCUUUUCCUUCUUCCUCUUUUAUUUUCUUCUUUUCCUUCUUCCUCUUUUAUUUUCUUCUUUUCCUUCUUCCUCUUUUAUUUUCUUCUUUUCCUUCUUCCUCUUUUAUUUUCUUCUUUUCCUUCUUCCUCUUUUAUUUUCUUCUUUUCCUUCUUCCUCUUUUAUUUUCUUCUUUUCCUUCUUCCUCUUUUAUUUUCUUCUUCUUUUAUUUUCUUCUUUUCCUUGUUGCUCUUUUUUUUUUUCUUCUUUUCCUUGUUUCUUUCUUCCUCUCUGUCAUUUUCACCUUCUUCCUUUCCCCUUCAGCACACUUCGAGGCAUUUUUCUUUUGUUUCAUUCUCUUUUUUCCCCCUCUCCCUCCCUCUCCCUCCCUCUCCCCCUUUCUCCCUCCCUCUCCCCCUUUCUCUCUCUCUCUCCCCCUUUCUCUCUCCUCCGACAUCAAAAAUGACAAGUCAAAUUGCAAAUGGGAUACAUGAACGCAGCUAA